CCAUAACGGAUCGUACUUUCGACCGUGUCUUUCAAGAGAAAGCUCGGAAGAAGCGUAAAAGACAAAGAUGAAGAGGUUUUGGAAAAUCAAUAUAUUUACUGGGUUUCUAGCCUUGUUCUCUGGUUUGUUAACUACUAAUGCAAACCCAGGGAUACGCCUUCGCUUUACUGACAAAGGUCUCCAGUUGGGUGAGUGUCUACUCGUUAGUUUUAAAUUGUUUUCUUUACAUUCUUCUACCGGUCACGGUAGGCGCUCAAACUCACUCUAUCAACAAUUCUGUGGCUUCCGUAAGUUCUAUCGUUGAACAGAAGGGUUUACGUUUUUAUAUAUUUUUCAUUAUUACGUUCAGAAUCACUCAAUCGUGGGUUUAGUUUAGAAAUCAGAGCAAUGCGUCAGCAAAUUUCAGUUUCACAUGUAAUGCACGAGUUUGCGGGAAUUGCUUACGGGAGCAGAACAGCAUGAAACGGAAAACAUUUAUUACCGAAUUCAUGACACCUCCAACCUCAAAAAUGUCACUUUUAUUUUUCUGGUGUGCAUGAUGAUUAAUUUCCUCCUGAUUAGUAAAAAAUACAGCUGUUUUCACAGGCCAUUCAUAACGUGUGUUGCGUUACUCGAUUCUAUAUGGUUUUGCAAUAGGCUUUUAUAGGUUCAUGCUUGACCGAGCAGGUAUGGAGUACCUGAAUGAAUAAUAUGUUAAUGAAUAUAAAAGGAACUAAUGCCCCAUUCACACCAAAGCUUAAACAUGUUUAAAAGUUGUUUUGUUAAACACAGUUUAAUUUUUUUUUUCUUCAUAGAAACUAUUUAACCGAAUAUUUUUGACUUGAAUGUAGCACAUUGGAAAUGCAAGUUAGCAAGUACUUGAAUCCAAUGGAAAAUCAAGUUUUUCAGUUCUCUAUUUAUAAUUUUCAUUCAAUGAAAACCAGUUUAACAAAACAUGUUUUGCUGGUGUGAAUGGGGUAUAAGUUAUCGUAGAAGACAGUUUAGUUCCUUCUGAGUUGAAUGCAUAAGAAAGUAAGAAAGAUGAAAAUUUCUAAAAUUGAAAAGACACGACCGGACGGGUAGUUUCUGAAGCCACAACAACUCGGAUCACCUCGAAAUCUGCAGAUUAUUAACAUGUCUAGGCAAGUCUUUGUCAUCAACACUUUCUGUUAGGACGUUUCAGUUUCAAGACUCUUGUGAGUAGAGAAAAAUGCUUCCAGGUGCAAACUGGUACGGAUCGGAAGUUAAGUUUCGAAAAGUUAAAUUUCAAAGGCAAAGAUUAAGUUUCGAUGGCUUUUAUCUGAAUGUUUUCACAUUCUUCUUCGUUAAUUUAUUUCAGAAUUACUUUCAAACAACUAAUUAGGUUGUUUAUUAUGAGCGAAUAUAAAGUGAAAAUUUUCGUCGUUCUGGAUUUUGCUGUUAGCCGUGUUAUUUUUGAAUUUAUAAAUGACCCAUUGUUUAAGAGGCAGUGUUGAACUGGUAAAUGAAGGCUUAAUUAUUUCAGGUCUCAUAUGGAUUCAAAUCCUUGCACGGAUUAUAUCACAGACUCUAAUAAAAGGGAAACUAAUACUUUUAACACUGGUAGUCUAAGGUCUCAUUCAAAUUCCAGUAUUGUUAUCCAACUGCUGCUGAAGAAUAUUGUGUACAAACAGAUAAGGGAUAAAAGAAGUUUUGAUUACUAAGAAAUAAGUGGGUAACUUGUUAUAUGUACAUCAUCGUAUCAUUAGAGCCGCAUUUAGAUCAACUUCCCGAAACAAAUACCAACCGAUACUCAAGUUGACCAAUUAAAGGGAAAACAUUUAUUGGAAAGAAUCGAUAAAACUGAUAAUAAUAUACAACAAUCAAUGAAAAUCUAUCGCAAUCGAUCAUGUCAGCUGUCACCAUUUGUGAUCUUACUGUCUACGUAUGCCACCCCAUUAGUAGAUAAACAGCGAUCGAUUGUAAAUUCCCUAAAUCCAGUCUAAUCGAUUGUUCAUUACGAUAAAUUUCACCAGGAGAAAACUCAGCAGAACGAUUCCUAUCAAUUAUAAGCAGUCGUUAGUUUCUGAUUUUCCUUAAGUGAUCUUUCUUGUCUGCUCUCCCUCGUUAUGACGAGGUGCCAUAAAACUGCCGUAGAAAAAUGGGCAGUCCUUCUCUCACAGCGUAAGCUGUUGCGCGAGUCAGAAGAGAUAGACAGAAUAGAAAGAAAAGCUGCAUCCCGUGAACUGUAUUGACUCACAUUAGGGAUUUUAUGGGAAAAAAGCGACUGGUCAAAGCCAAGUUCCAACGUCCAUAUUCUUGUGAAGAUUGUGCCUCAAGUAAACAUGUACACGAUACUAACAUAGUGGAGUGAAGCUCUCUUGAGGCCCCGUAUAUCAAUGGUGAGGCGGGAGUCGAUGUCAUUGCUACUUGACCACUAGCGUUUGUGGGAGAAAAAAAUUGCAAUGGAAACUCAAGCCUCUUAUUUUAAUUUGACCAUAAGAAUAAAUUAGAAUACUGAAUCCUAUCUUUCGUUAUUUGAAAGUGGACACAGUAGCGAUCCAACUUCUGAAUGAGAAAGUCAAGACAGCAACGAUCCCUGACAUAUCUGGAGAUGCUGAUACACCGGUCGGCCAUAUCUCUUACUCUCUGUCAAGGUAUGUUCAGUAUGACGCAACAAAUAACGGGUGUAACCUGAGAUGAUGGUGGACUGAGACCUAUGCUUGUACUGCUAGCAUUUUGUGUGAUUAAUGAAAGAGUGUAAUAGGUUAAAAUUAGUAAAAAUAAUUAUUGAUCAUUCCCCUGAGCUCUACGAGCGCUUGGUAAUCGGAUGACCAUCACCUAUCCAUCACCUAUCAAUUUUUUUCUCUUUAAACAAAGACUCUCUUUUUGUAAUUUAUGACGUCUGUCCUCUCUCCAUCCCUUUCUUAUUUCUGAGAUAGUUGUUAACUGCCAGACGAUAGCUUACGUGAAUUUUCUCUCCAUCAUUUUAAGCGUGCACUUCAAUUCUCUCUCAAUUCCUUCGUCGACUUUCAAGACGAAUCCAGGCGUGGGACUCACCCUCCAGAUCUCAAACGCACAAGUGUCCUUGAGCGGGAACUGGCACUAUCGCAAAGAUCACUGGUGAGAACUAUCGUAGUGAGGCAGUUAUUCUUCCAAAAUUGCGACGGAUCACUCAUUUUUAAGGGCGUCAGCUCAGUAACGAGUCAACACAUUCUUGAUGCAAUCAUGUGGUUGGUUCUUCUAAGAAUACCCUUUUGCGAUAAAUUCAUGUACUUUUUCUCAUUAUCGGAAACAUUUCAUUCCUUUAUCUAUAAAUUUCAUACAUGUCUAUUCAUGUGCUCACUCCCUCGUGUCAUUGUUAAGAUUUGCAUGGUUGAACUGAAAUUUUCAAAAUUUCCAAAACUUCAUUUAUAAUGUCUUCCUUCUAUCUGGACUUCAGGCCGCAUAUUAGUGACAGUGGGAGUUUUGACUUGGAUGCAAGCGGGCUAGCUUUGUCAGUUAGCGCAAAACUUGGUGAGUUAUGUAAAUGAGUGCGUAUUAACGAGUUUUUUUUUAUUUUUUUUUUUUCGGUUAACAUACCGCAAAUUUCACACUCCUUCAAACUUUUCUCGAUGGUUUGUUGCCAUCGGCUGAGGUGUGCAUCACUCGCAUCAUAUGUCAAAGCCGUAGGCAUCAAGAUGGUGCUUGUACCAACUCUUUCAGGAUCUCCUGAAAGGAAACUUCUCAGCCAAAUUAUUUCAUUCUUGCCUAACUUUUUGUUUAUAUGUUCUCUUUUUCUGUUUAGGUCAGUUCUUUUUAAAAUUUGCCACAUUUACUGUACCUUUUCUGCAGAGUGAUUUUUCUGUAAAGUGAAAGCAAGGACUCCUUCGCAUUUUCAAGUGUAUUUUUGCCUUUUCUUUUCAGGCGCAGAUAGCACUGGUCACCCAACCAUUGCCACAUCCAGCUGCUCUAGUUCAGUAGGAGACGUGAAUAUCCAUUUUCAUGGUGGUGCAAGGUGACUGAUUUCCUUCAUUUUGCUCUUAUGUUUUGAUGUUAGGUAAAUGAAGACAUUUCACGUGCGGGGGAAUCGUCGCAUACGAUGGCUUAUGAUUUCAAAGAAGACGAGGCUCCUUCACUGUGCAAUAAUACCAUCACGACCCAUACAUAAUCAUGGUAUUCAUUAGUCGACCCGAUCACAUCACUAGUAUUCUUUGACCGAAAACUGAUAAAUCAGCUCACCUACCCACGACAUAAGGGGCACUUUUCGUCCCAACCGUUUUAGAUUCGAUAUCCUUUCAAAUAACAUUCAUAUGAAAUUAACCUUUCCUGUGCACAACUUGUACAGAAGCUCCUGACAUGUACGAUGGUCUGUAGAUACUGGCGAAGAGGGAAUGAUUCGAAAGCAUACAGUAGGUUUCCCUGUACUAAACCCGAUCUUAUGAGCACUGAAUGAUAUCGGCCAUCUGGUUUAUCGGCCAACGAGUCAGUGAUGCUUGUUAACAACUCCGACGGCUUAUCGAGCAGAAUUUUAUGGAAAGAAAGUCCACAGUUUGACUAUUUUAGGUUUCAAUAUUCUUUCUUCUUCCCAGUUGGCUUUACAACCUUUUUGACAGCUACGUAGCAGGAAAAAUUAAAGAUACUCUGCAAGAUAAGGUUAGUAGUAGUCUUACUAAAGGUAUGUUGUCCAAAAGUUGAAAACUCUGAAAAGAAUAAGUGCCGUGUUUACAGUGGUUUUUUUUUUUGUUCAAUGUUUUUCUGAUACUUUGAACUAACCUUCAGCCGAUUCGUUUAAUUCUUUCGAAAGCUUUGCCAAGAAGUAUCCGAGGUUAUAAACAACAAUGCCGAAAAGGAGCUUUCAACGUUUCCAGGUAACUCAAAAGAGGCAGUUUCUUGAAUUUGCUUUGUCAUGUUAUCAUGAAACCUCAGGAAACAACUUAAUCAUUGAUCAUAAUUUACUAUUGGGUUAUGUCUUAAACAUAGUAGAGUAAAAGCACUGGAAGAAAUAAAAUUGAAAUUUUCCCUGAAUUCUUACGUGUAUGUGACCACCGUGGUUACCGCAACGUUUUCAAUGGUUGCUAAAUUUGGUUCUACUUGUGUAUUUAGCUCAGGUAAUUAAAAACCGAUCAGUGGACAAGUCACAUUUAAUUACUUAUUUUCCUUGUUGUAUUUUGCAAAGUAUAGUCUAUUUUAUUUAGAGUGAGAUUAAACUUUCUUCGUUCAUUAGCAAGUCAAUAAAAAAUGAGUUUUCAGUCAGGCGUUUGAGAUAAAAGAUGGCUAUUGGGUGCUUUUAUAAUUAGUUGCCGUCUUUUGCAAUAUUUGAAGUGCCGUUAACUGGAAAGCCUCGAUUUACACCAAACUUACUUAACACUGUUUUAUUCAUUCAUAAGUCUUGUGUUCGAAUGAAGUAAACGUUGUUCUCCUAAAUUUACAGCUCUCUCACAGGCUAAGACAUUGGAUUCCAAGACCAAAGCUUUAUCCUUGUUUCUUUUCACAUUUCAGUAAAAAAGCAGAUCGAUCGAUACGCUCUUAUCAACUAUUCUCUGGUUUCAAGUCCAGUCUUUAAUGAGUCUUACCUGGACGUUUUCAUUAAAGUAAGUGACAUCUAUGUCAGUUCAGAGUUAAAUCGUCAUUUUACAUAUCCUAUGUUUCUUAUUCUAUGUAAUCACUUGCGUUUUCAUAAGAAGAUUAGACGUGUUCUUUAUUUUAGUCUUGUUCGUAAAGUUCUCGAAUACUUCCCCUACCAUUUCACAAAGAAACUGCUGAGGAAUUGGCCAAUAAGAGGCCACUAAAGCUGAUUGCUCUGGAAGUGUUAACUCCGCCAAAAUCAUAAGUGUUUCCGUCAACAAAUAAAUUGCACGUUGCACUCCCUUACCACUCCUUCGACGGUAGAAAGUGCAAGAACAUACCGAGGUUUUUUAAGAAUUCAGGAGUUACCUGGGUAACAAUGCAUGUCCUGUUAAUGUCGCUAAACAUCUCUUCCAUAAACCAGGUCGCUUAGCUUUUUUCAAAUCAAAGUGCUCAUUGAUAAAUAAUUGAAAGCUCUAAGCACUUGAUUUGGAAAAUUAAAACGCCCAGGUUGUUUCAGUUUUUUCCUUCUCAUCUUUAUGUCCAUUUUGAUGUCUUAAGGGAGAGUUUCAGUCUGCAACAGACCCAAAAGAGGCUCCAUUUUCGCCUGUAAGCCUCCCUACGGAUUCAGAAUCAGCAAAGAUGGCCUACGUUUGGUUAACUGACUACGUUAUUAACACAGCCGGGCUCGUUUAUCAAGAUGCUGGUUUUCUGAACGAAACUGUCACUCCGUCGAUGGUAGGUGUAACUAUCUUAUUUUACGCAUUGUGUACAUGACAGGCGAUUACCCUUCACUACAGACUGAUGAGCUAGAGUUUAUUUUCAAACUCAUGAAUGACUUGUUUUACGAAUCUUCUCCAACCCCACUGAACGAUGUUUUAUAUAUAUAUUGAUACACGGAGAGUCCUAGUGGCAAGCAUCGCCCACGCGCUGCUUCUCCAGCUCUAAUGUUUUUUUUUAACACAAAGGUAGUAAAAUUAUGCUUGGUUUUCGUUGCAGCUUCCUCCAAAUUUUUCUUACCCUUUAAACACGUCGACAUUUAAAUUGAUCAUACCAAAGGUGAGUGAUCGCUUAUCCCAUUUGAUUAUUUUGAUGAUCAUGGUUUAGGGCUCAUGGUCCAAGCUGAUACACUUAGAAUUAAGUCUUUGGUGUCAUUUGCUUAAGAAUUUCUCAGAAUGACGACGUAACCGUUAAAAAAUACAGGUAUUCAACUUACAUGCGGCAGCACCUUCGAGAGUUUAAUGAAAUAUGUAGUCUGAUCUGUUUUACUACUUUCAAGGCUUUCAAGUUCAAUUACGCUAGAAUUGACGAUUCCGUCAUAUCUUUAAAAAUUAAUCAAUCGACUGAACAAUCUUACAACUUCGACUUUUUUUCAACUUUUUAUAAUUUAGUAGCUGUUACUAUUUCUACAAGAAGUUCAGUUAUUUUGUUGAAUUCCUUUCACUGAAACAAUGAAAGGUCGUCAAAGUGUUUUUCCACUUGUUUAUUUAUCAGUUAUACCUGAUGUACCCAAACCGUCCAAUGAAGCUGGUUGCACACUCCACUCUGCGCCCUACCGUAACCACAUCCUCAUCAGGAAUAGCCUUGACAAUGACUGGUCGGGUGGAAACUUACGCGCAGUUAGAAAAUGGUUCAUUUGUGUACACCUUCACAAUGGGACUGGUAAGAGAAUCAGGCGUACGACUAAUUGUUUCCAACUUGCUAUUUUGCCCUUGUUUCAGAUAGGUACUGGCUCAUUAUUAGAUGCUAUGACUUAAAAAAAAUGUUUUUGUUUACAGCGCGAUUCCCUUUGGAAUUAAGGCAAAGAUUGAUAAAAAAAAAAAAGGGUCGCAUCAUUUUGUUUUUGUUUUUUUUUUUUAUUAUUUGACAAGGGUGGCUAAUUUUUAUCAAUUGACUUAUAUGGUUUUCCAUUUGUAGAACAUUUCUGCCAACGUGAAGGUUGCAGUGAGACAAUCAAACGUCACCGGUCAUGUGGAUUCAGUCAAGUAUGUAUACCUAGAAAUAUAUUUAAAUUUUCCUCCGCGAUCAAUUAUACGUUGUCAAAGGAAAGUAAUGGGUGAUAAGGAGAAGGUAAGGUUGUUAUUUGAAUAAAGAGAAAGAAAGUUUGUAACGAAUCCCUCCUUUAACGGAAGACAUUUGAAUUUAACGUCCAACGAGCCUUUUGGGUGGUAAAAGUUGUGGGUUUUUCAUCUUAUUUCUUAAAAAAAGGAAAAAAGCCAUAAGUUUGUUUUAUUAAGAAUGCUUAUGAUAAAAGUUUCCUUUCCUUAAAGUUAGAGUUUGAUUUUCAGUUGUGUCCAUUUUUCAGAGUGAAAGUCAGUCUGAUCAAGUCUGCCAUUGGAGACAUAUCGGUAGGAAACUAAAAAUGAUGUAUCCUCACUCUCAUCAACCGCAGAACUGUAGAGUUUCUGUCUCCGAAUACAAUCAUUAACUGAUGAUAAUAAAAUCCCUAGGGAACUGUUCUAGGUUACUGUCGGUGAUAAAAAGAAAUUUUAAAAUACAAUAAGGGGUGAACAGCGCAUAACGAAAUCAGCUUGGAUGGGUCCAUUACUCAGGGGGCGCAGAGGCCUUCUAUUUUGUAUGGCACAGUUAUGACGGAAAUGUUCUCCUCUUUAAGUUAUUGUAACGAGGAAGCAAAUGUGUAGAAAGGAAAAAUUCAAAGUGCGUACAAAACUGUUACUUAGGACGAAAACUACUCUGAAAACGAUGGCUCGCGGAAAGUCGUAAGAAGAUUAUGUUACUUUUUCCAAAAGUUAAAUAUUGCACUUUUCCAUAUACUCGGGACUUCAUACCUAUCAAACCUCUUUUUCAAGAAAUGGUUUUAAAACCCUUGCUUCUAGCUUCUACAAAAGACACCAUAAACCGAUGGAAUAAAGCGCAUGAUUUUGUUUUUCGAAGUAAAGGUUAAUCGGAACAUUCAAGGAAAUUUUCGAUGAGUCAUUUCCUAGGAAUCAACCAAUCACGUAAGAAAUUUAUUUAUUAAGGGUUUCAUUUUGCUGAAUUGCAGAUCAACAUGAAGCUUCUUCAAUUCGCUUUGGAUGCUUUUGCAGACCAGAUAAUUGCCAAGCAACUAAACAGUGAGAGAAAUUUUCAUGUCAUCUACUAACUAGCGAUAAACAGUCAAUCAAAAAGUCUCUAUGGUGUUUGCCGUCCAAGAAGUAUUAUUCUGUUUCAGUUUAGCUGGGAAAAUGCUUAGCCAUCGUUAGAGAGAAAUUUUAAGACAUUGCUGGCCUCCAUCCUGAAAAAUAUGAGCGGUAACCAAUCAAACCGAGCAUUACUUAGUUGUAAAGUCAUGACCCAACGUGCAUAUGUAGGCCAUAGAAAUAAAUUUAUAAUGCUUACAAUGCUUACUUAUGUUUUAUCUCAUCAAGUUACACAGUUUACAGCUCCUUUUGAAAAGUAAGCAUGCCGAGGAAUGCUCAAACCUCCAUGAAAUAAAUGUCUCAGUCUAAGUCAGAGGGAGCUUCCGACCAAACGAGAAAAGUUACUUCUGAAUUCAUUUUGAAUGCUAAGGCUUCAUUGGUUUUUUUUUUCUAUUCUUAAAUCUUCUGUGAGCGUAGUUUUUAUUUAAAUAUUUUGGGAAAGUCUGAAGAAGGUUUGGAACCUUUCACCCUAUGGAUUUACCGUGGAAGCAAGUGAAAAUAAUAAGGAGUCGAGAGCGAAUUAUAUGCGAUUUUUAUUAACCUGAUUUACAGUUUUAAAAUCAGGCUGUCCACAGUGUUAAAGUCAAAUCCACUCUCUAAAAUAUACGCAUCACGAUGAGUUUCUCAAAGUCACCUGUAAACUACAUACCCUGUCCAACGGGGGCUGACAUCUAAGAUCGUGAUUGGUAGCCUUUACUUUCAAAUUCAACCAUACCUGUAUAUUACACUUUCAACUAUUGCAUCAAACUUUGUCAGGUUGGUGUUAACUUAUUGCUUGUUUUCUUACCGUAUAGAAAUUGGCGACGUUGGCUUUCCUUUGCCAGUAGUGGACGGAGUUCAGCUGGUAAAUGCUGAAGUAACGCCCGGAAAGGUAGGCUACUUUUUAGCAUAAUCACUGCCCAGUCCUCAGUAAUUUCUAGAGAGGCAGGCCUCUUACCUCUCUUCCUAUCUUUUUUGCUACUUCUCUUCUUUCUUCCGUUCCUUCCUUCCAUCCUUCCUUCCUUCCUAUCUUCUUUAAUUAGAUCAUUCGUUUUUUUCACUGGCGUUGUCCGUUCCUGCCUACUUUGCAUCUCUGCUUCGAUCCCUUGAUUCAUCUGCGUUCCUCCUUUCCAUUCUUCCGUUUCUUGCUUUUUCAGUUCGUUCCAUCUUUGUUCUUCUUCUUUCUGACUUCUUUCUCAUCCAUUCUGUCAUUCAGUGACUCGUGUGUUUGUUGAGUCAUUCUAUAAUUAUUUUUUCAUUAAUUUCAAUUCGUAAAGUACGUAUUUACUCGAAGCUCGCGCAGUCGAGCAGAAUAGCGUGUGUAGGAGCUACGUCGUUCUCUAAUAUUUGCAACACAUUUUGACAAGACCUGUGGUGCGCUAUAUCGUUGUAUCUUAUUUUUCUACCCACAGGGCUUCAACUUGAUUGCAACAGAUGUGAAAUAUUCUCCUGGUAAAAGUGAUGCUACUGAUAACCGUCCACGAGGAAGAAAUAAGAUAGUCAUAGUUUAG